AUGGCCUGCAUCUCAUCAAGAGCCUACGGCACGGUGGCCGCGCCACCCAACCCAACUGCUCUGCAUAACCGCCGGCAAUCACUCCGGCGCUGGUUCAUCAUUGGCUCCUCCACCAUCCUCUUGCUCGCGGUAAUCAUCGUCUCCGCAGUCAGCAUAAGCCAUCAAAACUCGAGCAACUCCGGCGACACCGGAGCCGCACCAACCACCUUCUCCACCUCAGUCAAGGCGCUCUGCUCCUCCACCUUAUACCCUGCUUCAUGUCUGACUACACUGAACCCCAUAACCAAUACUUCUCAAUCCAUUGACCCAACCAAACUCUUCCGCUUCUCCGCCCAAGCAGCCAUCACGGAGCUAUCAAGCGCUGCAGUUCGCUUUAAAAAUCUGAAUUUCAGCGAAAAAACAGAGGGUGCUUAUUCAACACAAGCACUUAACACCUGCACCGAGCUGAUCGAUCUUGCUCUCGACAUGCUCAACAACUCCAUCUCACUUUCUUCCACAAACCCAAUCCCCGACGACCUCCGGUCCUGGAUGAGCGCCGCUAUCACAUAUCAGCAGACAUGCAUCGACGCUUUCGAAACUUCGCCUACAUAUUUAAAAGAUACGGUUUUUACAUUCCUGAAGAAUUCUACUGAGUUAACGAGCAAUAGCUUGGCUAUUUUUAACCAAGUUUGCAGCUUUUUGGGCGGGGUAAUGGAUGCCGGCGGAUUUCCGGAUUGGGUGGGGCUGACGGACCGGAAGCUUUUGCAGAAGGCUUCAGGGGAUCCGAGGGUAGCGGCGGACAUGGUGGUGGCGAAGGAUGGGUCGGGGAAGUACAAGACGAUCAAGGCGGCGCUUGCGGACGUACCGGAGAAGAGUAAGAAGAGGACGGUGAUAUAUGUGAAGAAGGGAGUGUAUUACGAGAAUGUUAGGGUGGAGAAGAACAAGUGGAAUGUGAUGAUGGUUGGGGAUGGGAUGGGCGCUACCGUUAUUUCCGGCAAGCUCAAUUUCGUCGAUGGGACUCCAACCUUCCAAACCGCAACAUUCGCGGUGUUUGGAAAGGGCUUCAUCGGUCGCGACAUGUGCUUCAAGAACACCGCCGGACCAUCAAAACACCAGGCCGUAGCAAUGAUGUCCGACUCCGACCAGUCCGCAUUCUACCGCUGCCGCUUCGACGCCUACCAAGACACUCUCUACACCCACUCCCUCCGCCAAUUCUACCGCAACUGCGAAAUCUACGGCACCGUCGACUUCAUCUUCGGCAACGCUGCAGCCGUCCUGCAAAAUUGCAAAAUCUUCCCUCGCCCACCUCUUCCCGGCCAGCAAGACACCAUCACUGCUCAGGGAAAAGUUGAUCCGAACCAAAACACGGGGAUUUCUAUACACCAAUGUGCGAUCCAGCCCUUGGGUGAUCUUUUAGGCGUGAAGGUGUAUUUGGGGCGGCCAUGGAAGGCGUACUCCACCACUGUGUUUAUGAAAUCGUCGAUUGACGGAGUGGUGGAUCCGGCGGGGUGGUUGGCGUGGACGGGGAACUCGGCGCCGGAUACUAUUUUUUAUGCGGAGCAGGGGAAUUUUGGAGCUGGGGCGUCGACGAAGAACAGGGUGAAGUGGAAGGGAUUUAGGGUUUUGGACGCGAAACAGGCGAGCAAGUUCACGACUAGGGAUUUCAUUGGCGGAGAUUCGUGGAUUGGGAAAGCAGACGUGCCUUUUCAAUCUGGGCUUUAAGUUAACGGU